AUUUUCUGAUGAUUCUGCCUGUUCGGGUCUAAUCGGAUCUCGUGUAGAAGAAGCUUGUGCACUGGUGAGACUGGAACUCAAGAGUCGCACGAAGCGUCGAACACCAUGGUGAUAGAAACGCCACGUCAGCAGUGUGCAGCCUGUGGAAACGAGCUGAGCCAGAAGCUCACACCCAUUCAGUCGCAGUGAUGCGCGGGAUGAUGAGCUCUGUCAUCUGAGACUCGUACUAAAGCCGACUUCUCCAGCAGAGUCAUCAUCACCCCUUAAAUUCAGAAGUCAACAUGUCAGCAGCUAUAGUCACUUCUCCCUGAUGUGAUUGCAGUUCAACUACUGCUACAAAUACUAUCAAUUUUGCUAAAUAGAACAGUGAUUUCUACCACUACUCUUCUCCUCCACUGAUAAUGCCACUGUUUCUUUUAUGGCUACGCCAUGUAUUAUUUCAUCUACAACUAGUUUUCUAUGUGCGAAUUUUUCAAGUAUCUAUUACUAUGGUAUUACUACAAUAACGACUCCUUCAAAAUUUUCAGUUUUUACCAGUACCACCGCUACUACCUUUCAUGACUACCAGUACUUACAAACUACUGUCUUACAUGAGUAUCUACCACGACUAUGAUACACCAUGACUCCCAUUAAAUGUACUCCUACCACAACCUCUACCAAAAUUACUUCAACUUUUGCUCUAAACUACUGCUAUUAUGACUUCUAGUACUACCAAAACAGACGACAUUGUCUCCAGUACUAUCACGAAUUUGGCCACAACAACUGCUAUUAGAUAGACAUAUAACUUCAUUCUCCCAAUACUACUACUUCUGCUCCAACUGCUGCCUUUACUGCAGCUAUUACUGUUGGGAGAGGCAGCGAACAUGUUGUGCUUUUCAGAUGUCAGGUUUCUGUUGUUCUUGUUUGCUCAGAGUUGUUGUUGAACGUGUGAAGGUGAGUAAUGAUGAUGAACGGUGGUUAUGCUCCUGAACGUGGUCGUCUCAGCACAUUCAUCACUUCCUGUUCACGGCUGAUUGUUUCCUCCGUCAGAGCCGUCACCGCGUCGCCUCAUUUAGCUCUGCCGCUAACAACGUCGAGGCAAAAAGAAACACCAUUUCUUUUCUGAGGAUCUGACUUGGUGUUAUGAGACACGGCAAGUCUGGUGCUUCACUGGUACCAGUCUGUGGCCAGUGCUCUGCAGCCGGGUCUGAUGAGAAGAACCGCCAUCUGGCCCCGUGUUCGCCGCUCAGUCUCACGUCAACAUGUGAUUCUAAGCUUGAAACAGCUCAGAGCUGGUGUGUUCAGGCGCCGAAUGUGGCCCUUGAUGAAGUGUAUUAAGUUACUUUCAUGAAAUGACUAGUUGCUCACUGCUCUCAACCAAUUAUAUAAAGAUGUAUAUAAAGUACGUAAAACCUCUAAUCUGGUGACCCACGCAUCCAGUCCUCACUGGAGGAUUAUGAAACAUAGGUCCCAAACUCGUAGUUCAGGGGCCAAGUGAGGCCCACAGGACGGUGUUUUGUGGCCCCCUACAUGAGCUCAGGCUUGUAACAGUUGGGUCUAGUCCAGCCAGAGUCUCAUGACUCACUCACAGCGCUCGUGAAAAGCUAAACAAGUAUCCGAGGUGGGGAUUGAAUGCACAACUCUUUUAAGAUGCUGCUCAGGAUGCCACUUGUUCACAGAAGUACUUGGGUCGACUCUCGUCUGCGGCUCUUCGAGGACAAGAGUGGUUCGAUUGUCUGUUUCCUCCUCUGAGGGUCGGAGCUUUUUUAUUCUAGUGUGUUUAGUGUGUGGCUAAUGUACGCUGUGUGUAGUGUUAGUCAGUGUUGUUCAGUGAUCAUACUUCGCUCGGUGUUGGCUUGUUGAUGUCCUUGCUGAGCAGCUUGUCGCUGUUCAUGAAUUAGUGUGUGUGUGUGUUUAGCAAUUAUUUAGGAGCUGGUUGGCGGGUGGCGAUGGUCAUUGGUAACGUGUGAAAACAUGCUCGCAGUCAAACACAGCGGUUCAGCAAAGAGAUGUGAGAGGUUGAGAGACCUGUUGUGUAUUCAUGUCAUCAUCUCUUGGUUAUUUAUGUUGUCAUCAGUUGUUUAUUCAUGUCGUCAUUUGUUGUUUUAUCCAUGUCUUCAUCAGUUGUUCAUUCAUGACGACAUUGGUUGGCGGUUUACGUGUGUCAUCAUCCGUAAUUUAUUCAUGUAGUCAUCAGUUGUUGCAGUUGUUGACUCCUGUCUUCAUCAGGAAUUUAUUCAUGUAGUCAUCGGCUGUUUACUCAUGUCAUCAUCUGCAUUUUUAUUGCCAUUGUUGUCAAUUUUUUACUGUUGUCAUCACUUGGGUAUCUAUGUUGUCAUCAGUUAGGUAUUCAUGUUGUCAUCAGUUACUUAUUCAUGUUGUCAUCAGUUAGGUAUCUAUGUUGUCAUCAGUUAGGUAUUCAUGUUGUCAUUAGUUACUUAUUCAUGUUGUCAUCAGUUAGGUAUUCAUGUUGUCAUCAGUUACUUAUUCAUGUUGUCAUCAGUUAGGUAUCUAUGUUGUCAUCAGUUAGGCAUUCAUGUUGUCAUCAGUUACUUAUUCAUGUUGUCAUCAGUUAUGUAUUCAUGUUGUCAUCAGUAGGAGCAAGCAGGUGUUUCUGCUGAGCUGAGGUGCUGGACUGUGAUUUGUGGUAGAAGUGGAGUGAGCACCUGUGGUCACCAGCUUUGCAGUGACCCAGAGAGUUUCUCUGUCUGGGCUCUCUAAGAGAGAGAAGCUCAGUCAUCCAGGAGAGACCCGGAGGAGAACUUCUGCUCCUCUGGGAGGAGACACUGGGGCAGUCCCAGGACCUUGGGUCUCGAUGGUCACGGUCCUCAAUGACUGGUUGUUAAAAGUUGGCCGAACUGUUCCUGGCGACACGUAUAUUUCCUGAAUUCUAUUAAAGUCAAACUGAAGCUCUACAUCAGAUAAAGUACCGCGACGCCUCCGUCUGAUCCCUCAAGUCAUUUCUCUAUUUCACUUUUUAUCAUCAGCCUGUUGAUCAGAGAACUGCCUUCAGUCGGAUGAUAAACGCUGCAAGAGAACCGAGGAAACAAAAUGAGAAACUGAAAACUCCUUGGUUGAACUCAGAUCUUAACUGAUCUCAGCAGGUUUAUGAAUUAGAAUUGUCUAGGGGUGCUGGUGCCCAGCAGGGGGCGUUUUCUGUGAUGCCAUGAAGAGUCCAGCUAAGCCCUCGGCAGUGGACAGACAUGCCUUGCUCAUGCUCCUGACCAGGUUUACCUUCCUGCACACACACACACAGUACCUGCGGCAGGAACAGGAAGUGAUGUCAGCUGGAGGGGAAGUUUGGGAUUCGAGACCAGGUCAUGACUUGUAAUUGUCUCUCUGCUACCAUCCAGUUGAUCCUCCCUUUUGACCCCUGAGUCUGAUUCUGCCGACACACACGAGUCAUUGCAGGGAGAAGAUGCCGUUCCACCAUGUCACGGCGGGUCUGCUCUACAAGGGCAGCUACCUGAGCCGCUCGCUGUCGGACAGUGACAGUGAUGUUCUGGCCAGCAUCUCUGUGGAGGAACUCGACGAAAUCCGUGAGGCGUUCAAGGUUCUGGAUCGAGAUGGCAACGGGUUCAUUUCCAAGCAGGAGCUGGGCAUGGCCAUGAGGUCUUUGGGGUACAUGCCCAGUGAGGUGGAGCUGGCCAUCAUCAUGCAGAGACUAGACAUGGACGGUGACGGGCAGGUGGACUUCGACGAGUUCAUGACGAUCCUCGGACCCAAACUCUUGUCCUCCGAAACGAGAGAAGGCUUCUUGGGGAGCACGAUAGAUACCAUCUUCUGGCAGGCUGAGCUGAAAUUGAAGUGUCACAUCCUCGCCGGCUGGAGUGACAGGAUCAUGAUUCAGUUCGACAUGCAGCGGAUCACGCUGGAGGAGCUCAAACACAUCCUGUUCUGCGCCUUCAGAGACCACCUGACCAUGAAGGACAUUGAGAACAUCAUCACCAACGAGGAGGAGAGCCUGAAGGAGAACUCCGGCAACUGUCAGACAGAGUUUGAAGGUGUUCAUCCGUCCAAGAAGAACCGUCAGACAUGCGUGAGGAAGAGUCUCAUCUGCGCCUUCGCCAUGGCGUUCAUCAUCAGCGUGAUGCUCAUCGCAGCCAACCAGAUGCUGAGGAACGGCAUGGAGUAGCCCCCUGUGGGGGGGCAGCCGCCUGCAUGUGCAUGCGAGUAGGUGGCCUCCUUCCCCCUACUCAAGAACCUGGACCAGAACUAACGUCCACAGUUUUUACCGGUUCAGUCCGAACCAACCGUGAAGCCAGCAGGCAGGUCAGCGGCGCUGCCUCACUCCCUUUACUCUGACAGGGACAUCCAAGGGCUGACAUCAACAUCUCGUCCCUCGAUGCAAUAAGAACUGUGCUGGAGCUCGGACCCCAGGAGGACCGACCCAAGGAGAACUUUGAGACGCUCAGACGACGACUAACAAAAUGUUGAGACACUAAAUGAUACUGACGUUACCUGAGCUGGUUCUGGCUCCCCGACCGGGCCGAGGUCCGAGACCACCAUCGUCAGUGCAUGUCCCUGUCUGUGUCUGUAUAUAGUGUGUGUGUGUGUAUAUGGGGUUUCACCCCUCGCUGUGGUCCAACACACCCACAUGAUCAAACUCAGCGAGUCCUCCUGACACUGCUCCAGUUUCUUCAAAACAAAAAAGUGAUGUACUAACUUGGUGCUUGCCGUGGAGCUGUGACAUCACUGUGUGUCACAUGACUGGUGGGGAGUUGUCGCCUGUGUGGCUCCAUCUUCUCAUCCGGGCUCCUUUGAAGCUGCUUUGCCUGAUGGAACUAGACCGUGUCAAACCCCCCUGAUGGGCAGAUGAGCAGUGGAGGCUGAGAGGCCUGAUGAUGUGAGGUGGUGGUCAUAAUGUUACUGCUGAUCUCUAUGAAAGAGUUUACAAGAUAAAUCAUAAUGAAAAACAGAAGCAUUUCUGAACACACACACCAGCUCCAGUGUUGAGGGGCAACAGUGACACACCGUGGUGAAGCACGAUAUUGCUCGUAGGUUCAUGCCAUCGGAACAGCUCAGCCAUAACAUCCUGGCCACCAGAAGAAUGUUCUCUUCUUGUUGCUGCCGGAAUGGAGGAUCUUCUCUGCAGUGGUUAGUAUCGACCCAAACUGGACCUCCGGGUGAGCAACUGACUCACACCUGAGCAGUCUUCAUGAUGGGCUCUGAUACGUUCUCAGACUGACGCCUCAGCUGUGUGGCUUCCCGGGCUGAAUAGUUCAAGCGUGGUCACUUUCAUGAUGAAUUGGGUUCCAGAUCUGGUUGGAGGUUCUGGUGAUGCAGAAGUGGAUCCACUCUCAACACCAGCAGUGAUGAUAGAACUGGUCAGCUUCAGGACUUUCACCGUCACUGAACACCUCACCCUGUCACCACUUCACACUGUCACCUUUUCAUCCUUUCACCUCCUCAUCCUGUCACCACUCUCACCCGUUGACUCUGUCACCUCCUCACCCUGUCAUCUCCUCACACUGUCACCUUUUCAUCCUUUCUCCUCCUCAUCUUGUCGCCUCCUUUGCCAUGUCACCUCCUCACCCUGUCACCAAUUCACCCUGUCACCUGCUCCUCAGAUAGUCCAGAUCUGAUUGGCCUGAAAAUUCCUGUUGGUCUUCAACUGUUUUUACUUUUGAGCAGAAAUGUUUGGUAUUUAUUCCUCUGAUGUUUACAUCCGUCAUGUUUCCUCCCAUCAAUAGUCGUCUGCUGCUUUUAUAUUCUACCUCUAGGUGUCACUGCAGCACGUCCCUUCUCCAACAUCUGUGUUAGAGUUUGCUGUGUGUCGUGAACAUGCACUGUUAAUAUCGAUCACAUUCAUGUCAUUCGAUUCUCUGUUUUUCACUUCCUAUUGUAAUCAACAUGUUUUCUCUUCAACUCAGGAUUUUAUGUUUUUGGUAUUAUUGCAUUUGUAUUAUUUGCCUUUCACUUUUCUUCUGUGUUUGUCAGUUCUUGUAGUUUCAUACUUAUUCCUUCAUUUUUUUUUUACGUUGUGCUUCAUUCACUUUUGUUUUGCUCAUUGCAUCUUAUUGUCUUCAGUUGGGAUCAACUUAAUUUUUACAUUUUAUUUUACUUAUUUAUAUUAUUAGUACUGUCAACGAUCUUUAUUAAGAUAAUUAUUUUAUGUAUACGAUAGGUUGAUUUUGUGUCUAAAUUAAUUUAAUUUAUUUUCUCUCAACUCUUCUUUGAAUGAUUCCAGUGUAAUUCAAAUUAUUUUGUAACAUUAUUACUUUCUUCAUGUAUAUUCCAUGUCCUUUUUUAUUUAUUGAUGGGUUUAUUUAAUUUUCUUCAACUCUAGUAAUCUUCCUUAUUAUUAUAAACUGCGCUUGUUUGGUUGUUUACUUCUUUUUAGUCUUUAUUUUCAUUUUUUACUAACAAUAAUCGUAAGUACUACUUGUCACCUUUGUGACCAUUCUCUGUUUUAAAAUCCUGCUCCUGUUAUCCGUCAUUCUAGUCUUCAUUCCUGCACGUGUGUGUCGUGUGAGGUCAGAGGUCACGUGUACAUACUCUGUGGUGACACACAAGCACACCCUCGUCUGCAUGUGCAGCAUCUUAAACUAUUAGAGGAUCAGUAAUCACGUGUGUACAUACAUACAAUGCAAUAA